AUGAGGAACAGAGGACGCCUGGCCUGCAGGUUAAAGGGGACAGGACCUGAGGACACCUGGCCUGCAGUUAAAAGGGGACAGGACCUGAGGACACCUGGCCUGCAGACAGAGGCUGAAACUCAGCAGAUGAUCCAGAAGAGACGACUGAAGAUUCAGGAGAUCAAACGCUCAGUGGAGCUCAGUAAGGAAGAUGCAGACAGAGAGAUAGCAGGUGGUGUUCAGGUCUUCAGCGCUCUGAAGGAGUCUGUUGAGAGAAGCCAGGCCGAGCUCAUCGACACGAUCAAAGAGAAGCAGAGAGAGACAGAGAAACAGGCUGAAGGCUUCAUCAAAGAGCUGGAACAGGAAAUCUCUGAGCUGAAGAAGAGAAGCUCUGAGGUGGAGCAGCUCUCACGCUCUGAAGACCUCCUCCACCUCCUCCAAAGCCUCCCGUCCCUGAACGCUGCUCCACCCACCAAGGACUGGACAGAAGUCAGCGUCCGUCCACCUUCAUAUGAGGGGACUGUGAGGAGAGCUGUGAAUCAGCUGGAGGAGACGCUCAGUAAACAGAUGGAGAAGCUGCUUGAGCUGAAGAGGGUCCAGCAGUAUGCAGUGGAUGUGACACUCGAUCCUGAUACAGCACAGCCUUGGCUCAUCCUGUCUGAUGAUGGAAAACAAGUAAACUGUGGUGAUAUAAAGAAGAAUCUCCCAGACAAUCCAGAGAGAUUUGAUACUUGUACCUGUGUCUUAGUAAAGCAGAGUUUCUCUUCAGGAAGAUUUUACUACGAGGUUCAGGUUAAAGGGAAGACUGAGUGGGAUUUAGGAGUGGCCAGAGAGUCGAUCAACAGGAAGGGAGAAAUCACUCUGAGUCCUCAGAAUGGUUACUGGACGAUAUGGUUGAGGAAUGAAAAUGAGCACAAAGCUCUUGCUGACCCUUCAGUCUGUUUCUCUCUGAAGUCUCAGCCUGAGAAGGUGGGGGUGUUUGUGGAUUAUGAGGAGGGUCUGGUCUCCUUUUAUGACGUUGAUGCUGCAGCUCUUAUCUACUCCUUUACUGGCUGCUGCUUCACUGAGAAUCUCUACCCAUACUUUAGUCCUUGUCCUAACAAUGGUGGUAAAAACUCUGCCCCUCUGAUCAUCUCUCCUGUCAAUCACACUGAGUAG